AUGUUCAUGUUCAGUAUUUUUUCGCAGUUUCUCUUCUGCAAUUUUAUUUUUAUGGUCCAGUGCAGGAUUACGUUCAGAACGCCUUGCAAGUACAAUAAUUGGUUGUCCACUCUGCAACAUUUGCCAGAGGGAAUUCCGUGCCCUGUCUUCUUGUGAGUAGGCUGUGUUUCUUCAGUUACGCAGCGUCCUUUGCGGAUAAGGAGGAUUGCCUAUGUUGAAAAUUGUUUGUACCGACGGUGUUAUUAGCUAACCGUACGGCUCAGGAUGGUUUCUCAUUUGCUGCCAGUGCCUGGGCGACUAGUUUGACAGUGAACCGCGCUGCACAAACGCGCGUCCGCUAGCAGAAUCGGACGUACUGACGGACGUCUGUCCGAGUCGUGGUGCUCGGUCGAGGGGACGAGUUUGCACGAGAAUGCCCGGCUUAGUAGCGAAGCGCUGGUGCAGGCUACUGGUUAUUUUGGGUCUGGUUAUCCUAUCGCUGCUGCUGAUAAAUAGCCAGCUGCAAGUUUCAGAAGCCAACGGUGCUCGCUCCGUAGAUAGAUCGCUGGAAUACCGACUGUCUAACGGGGCCAACUUAGCGGUCAAGAGCGAGCUGGAUGACAAAGGGGCACAUUUCGAGAAGCAGCCUGGUGACUCUGACAGUUUGCAUGGAUUGCCACCUGAGAAACUUGAGAGUCGCCAGUACAAGGAAUCUGAUCAGCAUGCAGUCCAGCACAAUCCCGAUAUAGUUGUGGAGAGUAAGAACCCUCCGCGACCACCGCCGCCAGGCCCACACUUGCCGCCCGGAGCUCUGUUUGUAGUGGUCCUGAUCCUGUCGGAGACGCCUGAUGCACCACAUCGCAGGGCAGUGCGCAACUCCUGGGCUCGGAAACUCACCGAUUACCAGGUUGAUCGCGACGGCCUCGUGGCGGCGGCAAACAGAGAAGGCGAAGCUUUUACCACGGAGACUCUGUAUCGCCAUUUCUUCAUUGUGGGUCGUCUUGCAGGCAUUCUGGAUUAUGUUCGUGCCGAGAUGGAGAAAGAGAGAGAUGUCGUUAUGGUCAAUGAGAAUGACUAUGCGUCAACAUCUGCUAAGCUCUACUCUGCACUGAUGUGGGCCAAAAUGAAUCUGGAGUUUGAAUAUGUUUUGAAAACUCAGGACAAGGUCUUCCUAAAUGUCCCAGGAAUGAUCCAGUGGGUUGCUGCACAGCCUAGGAAGCGACUAUAUGCUGGUAACAUGGUGCACCUUGCGCGCAUCAUGAAGAAAAAAAGAUCACCGUGGUACAUGGCAGACAAGUUUUACCAGGGCAAGUUCUAUCCAGAUUACUUGCAGAGUUUUGCUUUCAUCAUGUCUCACGAUACCGUAGAACUGCUGCUAAAUGCAUGGAGAGGGUCGCUGACAGCGGAGAUUGGCCUUCUCCAUAUUGAUGACUUGGACGUGGGUAUUGCAAUGAAGAACUACUCAAUAUCGCCAGUUCACUGUCCACAUUUCUAUAAAGGAUUCAGUACACAGCUCUGCAAGAACCCACAGGUGCUGGCAGUUGGGGAAGUCCCCAGAGACAAGCUCCAGGUUCUUGGGGAGAAUAGCUUGCGAGGUCGACCGUCUUGCUAGGUGCUGUUUUGCCGAUGCUAGCUCGUGAAUGAAUUUUGGGUUAUUUAAUUGUGCCUUCUGCUAUGUGUUCUUUCCUCGUCACCAACUCAUACUGUGUGCUGCCAAGCUGUCCUUGAGCUCCCUAUGACAUGCUUGCUGAUCAUCGUUCAUUUUAUCAUCGUGUCUUGAUGCUGCUAUAUUAUUAUAACAUGAUGCUGGUUGUCCACUUUGCUUGGUGUUGUGUCACAAGUUGAAGAUUUAGUUUAUCAGCCCGUGUCGAAGCUUGCACAGCUUACAGUGUUACCAUCACGGAUCAGUGCUGCUGCAAAAGCUGUAGUUUGAAUGGUAUGAAUUGUACAAGUAGUAUUAUAAAAACGACAGGCCAUACAGAAAUAAAACUGGAAUGGAUCCGGCAAUCGUGAUACCUAUUUCUAUCAUCUGUAUUGUUUUCAAGAAGAUGUUUGUUUUCGAUUCGUUUAUAAUAGUCUUACUGUUGAUUGUUUUGUUUUUUCAAUACAGUAUUCUAAUUGGCACUUUCCGAUACUGACCUCGAACUUGCUUUUUCAUACCACAGAGUAGCUACUAAGCAAGGUACAAUGAUUGAGGCUGAAUAAAAUUAUUGUUUUAUCAUUGA